AAUAAACUAAAGAAGAGGAAAAAAAGGUAAUUUGUUUGUUAGUCAUUUGUUUCCCGACGACUCUUUAUUUUUGUGGCAUCGGCGCCAAUCUACGAAUGGCUAACAAAAGGUUUGCAUCAACUGAGCUUCAGAAGAGUAUAUUGGGAGAUGGUCGAAAUGGGGUAUCCGGGAAUGAAAAUGUCAGUGGAAACAGUGGGACGCGGAAAAAGGUUAAACCUGUCGUUACCACGGUGAAAUCUCGCUAUAUGCAAACAACAGGGAAGAAACCUCAGCCUAAGCCUGCAACCCCUAAAAAGGCGUCCCAUGACACCAUAUUACAGGAAACAUCAGUAAACUGUGACGGUGUGUUGCAGUCAACAAUUCUUGCUGGUCAUGCCUUGCGGCCAGAUUUUGAUAUGUCCGCCAUUGUUGAGAAGCCAUCGACUCCUGGGCCCCGGAACACAGAAACCACAGAGUCUAAAUCUAAAGUUGAACUCCAGGCAUUCCUUGACACGUAUAUGGCGGCUAAGUUGGAUCAUAACACGAUCAUCAUGAGGGAGGAAGCAGAGAAGGAACUUCUUGCCAUGAUGGAGGCAGAGAGGGAGAUGCAAGUUGCAGGGCGAAAGAAGAAGCGUCAAUAUCACCUGAGAGCGAAACAAAAUCAGCUGAACAGCCUGUCGGAUGCACAGAUUGCUGCACUUAGCCCAGUGGCGGCAGUGGCCUCUCAGUUUACUCAAAACUACCAGAUGCUGGCCACAGCUGUGGAUGCCACACGUCAUGAGCUGCCAGUCAAGAACCUCCACAUGGAAGAUAACCGAGAGGAGUUUUUAGAGAAGACCGAGUCAUGUCUGAAGAGAAGUGAGGAACUCCUACAGCAGCAUAUGAAUGUGAUGGAACAGGGAAGUGAGUCUGCUUGUGAGAAUCUGAACAGAAUAAAGAAUUCAGCCUUGGAUCUUAACCAGCAACUAAUCAGGGGGGGCUCAGACCUGCAGGAGCUCUCCUCCCUGGUGAGUCAGCUGACUGUUGAGAGUUUCUUGGGGAAGGAAAAUCUGCUCCUUCCAUAACCAUCUCAGUGCCUGAGAGUGUAUAUGCCAGCCAGUGACCUUGAUUCCAGCCCUGAGUUCUUAGGAUCUUGGUUACAUCUGACUUUUGUGGUGUUUUGUGGUGUAGAUUUGUGUAUUUAUAUGUGUGUAUGAAAUAAAUAUGACUAGUGCAUAUAUAUCUCCUAUACCAUUUUCAGGGGGGCUGAGCAUUGUUGCAGACUUGAAUGGUUUUUACCUGUCUGAAACUGUACAGUAAUUAUAUGACCAUUUGUAAAUAUGUCUUAUUACAUGUUUUCCCCUAGCUGAAAAUUGAUUUGGAAGAAAGGACAGACAGAAAUGCUUAUAGAGUUUGUCAUUUUGUACAACUAAUAAACCUUAAUGAUUGAACUUA